UGAUCACAGACAACUGAUUUCAGAUCACAGACCACUGAUUUCAGAUCACAGACCACAGACCACAGAUCAUAUCACCCUCGCCCUCUCGCUCCAUGUCUCCUCUCUCGCUUUCCUCCCCUCGCCCCUGCGGGUUGCAUUUUUGGUCUCUCCUUGCCCACAAGUCCCUGCUGGUUGCUGACUCUGUCUCCUUCUCACUGUCGUCCUCAUCGCAGGCGAAUCCCCACAGAGCCCGGAACGCUGGCGACUCGGCUCCGGCUCUCAGAGCCUUCAGCGCAUCAAACACAGGCGCCACUCGUUCAUGCGGUCCUUCUCCCAGCCUUGUGCCUCGGCCGAAUAUGAAUCCGAGUCUCCCUCGGUUUCGGAGCCGCCGGCGUCGAAACGCAACUCACUCAUCCUCGGCGCUGGGCGCCAGAGCCGGGCCUCGAACUAUUCGACCUCGUCGCGAUCCGGCGGCACCCAUCGCGAUAGCACUUUGCUCCGGCGUUCGACCCGAUCCUCCGAAAAUCUCAAGCGGGCCUGGGGCUACUUCAGAGAAAAGCUGUUCACCAAAAAGCCGUCGUAUGCGGUGUCGUCGCCGUACAAUCCAACCCAUCUGAUCCAUGUCGAGCUCGAUGCCACCACGGGCGAGUUGACGGGGCUUCCGAACGAAUGGCGACAUUCGUUCUCGGGCAUCCACCACAACGACGGGCGGCCGUCCUUUGAUGUGGCCGUCGACAUGGUCAACUCCCGAAUUGCAUCAGGGACAGGGGCCCACCGAUCGCUGAAGUGGGCGUAGAACGUCGCCGGGCGAUCGGCAAUCGUGGAUAACCGCCGUCGAGGGCCGAGGCGGUACCGAGCUGCAUUCGUCAGCUUUCUCCAGGCCCGAGCCGACCGCAAGAGAAAUGAAAGACCGAGCCAAGCAAAGUGGCAGGCAAAGUCAAUGUACCCAACGCAUCCAAGGCAUCACAUCGAUCUCGGAUCGAUGGCACGAACAAGCAUACCUACCACCGUAACAUCCGCAAUCAGUACCAGCAAGCAAUAUAGUAACAAUACCCUCCCCGCUUGGGGUC